AAAUAAAAAACAUUCGGAAUCUUCCAGACACAUCCACUAUUGGCUGCUCUCUGAUUUUUUUACUGUGAAAAGAUGUGUGAAAAGAUGAGUUUAUCCGAAGAAGAAAUCAGAAUGCUUUUCAGAGUCACCAAAACACUUAACCACAUGCUCAAAGAUCGUGGAUACAUUGUCACGGAUGCUGAACUUGAGAUGACACAAGAACAGUUUAUCGACAAAUACGGCGAGAACAUGGAAAGAAAAGAUCUUGUCACUAUCAAGACUAAGAAGAAAGAUGAAUCUGAUAAGAUCUUUGUCUUUUUUCUACAAGAAACAAAAGUUAAAAUGGGCGACAUCAAGGCUUGCUUUGAGCGCAUGGUAUCUCAUAACGUCUUGAGAGCAAUUCUUGUUGUGAGGAAAGAAAUGAAUCGCUUCGCUUCAUCUGCUAUAACCGACGCAAACUCAAAAGGAAUACUUUACUUGGAAAGUUUUAAGGAGACAGAGCUUCUAAUGAACGUGAAGGAACAUGCUUUUGUUCCAGAGCAUAUAGCUCUGACAACUGCGGAGAAGGAAGCUUUGUUGGAGAAGUACACUGUGCAAGAGAAUCAGCUUCCACGUAUUCAGUAUACGGACCCUAUAGCGAAAUACUAUGGGCUAAAACGUGGAGAAGUCGUGAAGAUCAUACGCAAUAGUGAAACAUCUGGUCGUUAUGUCACAUACCGCUUUGUUAUAUGAUAUUAAGAGCUUCUGAUAGGAUCAGGUCUUGGAUUUGUCGGAUAAAGACUUAGAAUGACUUCAUUAGUUUUUUAAUUUAGUGAAAU